AUGUCGCGUCACCACCCCGACCUUGUUAUGUGCCGCAAGCAGCCCGGCAUCUCCAUCGGCCGACUUUGCGACAAGUGUGACGGCAAAUGCCCUGUGUGUGAUUCUUACGUCCGUCCCACAACUCUCGUCCGCAUCUGUGAUGAAUGCGCCUUCGGAAACUACCAGAACAAGUGUGUGGUCUGUGGCGGUGAGGGAAUCAGUGAUGCCUUCUACUGCUUUGAAUGUACACGCCUUGAGAAGGACCGAGACGGGUGCCCGAAGAUUAUCAACCUAGGAAGUUCGAGAACCGACUUGUUCUACCAAAAGAAAAGUUUUCGGAAUCAUUGA